AUGGGAGGUGGAGAUCUGAAUCUGAAAAAGUCAUGGCAUCCAGCGACAUUAAGGAAUAUCGAGAAAGUAUGGAAACUGGAACGCAAGGCCGACGACGAAAAGAAGAAGCUCGACCAGCUACGGAAGGAAAAAGAAGAGGAACGUCAAUUGGCGGAAUUGCAAGAAUUGCAAGAGGCUGCUGGAUUGAGAAAACGAAGUGAACGAUUAGAUUGGAUGUAUGCUGCUGGUCCAAGUGGAAACGCUUCACUCGUAGCUGAAGAAAAGGAAGCCUACUUGUUGGGAAAGAAGAGAGUAGACAAGUUUUCAGAUGCCGCUGUCCAAUCUCAGCAACUUGUUCCAGAGGCCACAUUAAACGAUAAAUUCGACUCAACAGCCCGUCUAGUCUACGGAAUGACAGCAAACACCAUCAGAGACACCCAAUCCAAAAUUCGCGAAGACCCGUUCCUCGCCAUAAAGAAGCGUGAACAAGCUUCAAUCCAGGCUGUCAUGUCCAAUCCCAUACGUACCAAGAAACUCAAAGAAGAAUUAGGCAUUGAUGAUUCAGAUAAGAAAAAGAAGAAGAAACAUAAAAAGGAUAAGAAGCGACAUCACUCGGAUGAUGACGAUGACAAUCAUAGUGAUGAUGGUGGUAGUAAGAGGAAGAGAAGGAGGUCUGAUUCUAUAGAGGAUCGUUUUAAGAGAGAGUCUUCUCCUUCCACGCGAGAACGGUCUCCCCUUAGGAGAGAACGGUCUCCUCCUAGAAGAGAAAGGUCUCCACCACCUUAUGCAGGACGAGCUGCCGCUGAUCUAGAUUCACGAAGAGACGAUUCCCGCAGUCGGUAUAAUAAUAGUAAUAAUGGACACCUUGUUGACGAUGACAGGCGAGAUCGAUACAAGGGCAGUCGAGAAUACACAAACGGGGCUUCUAAUCGGGAUUAUCCUCGUCGAGAUGAUUAUAGUCGUCGAGACCAAUACGAUGAUCGAAACAAUCAUAGUAAUAGUAACAGACCACCACCACCACCGACACGACUACAACCACAACGACCAAAAGAUGACGAGUACAAGAAGAAGCAGGAGGAAGAGCGACAAGCCAAAAUAGCAGCCAUGAUGGAAGCAGCUGAUUCCCAUGAACUAGAACGUAAACAACGAGUCUAUUCUCAGAAGCAAGCCGAGCAGGCUGAAGAUGCAGUAGAUGAUGAAGCACGUAAAAAGAGAUUGAAGGAGUCUGGAUCUAUGGGUCAAGGAUUUAGUAUGGACAUGCACAGAAGCGUGUAUAACAGCGCCAAUACUAGUGGCAGUGAUAUGAUUAAGAGGAAUCGUGCUUUUGCACAGAAGGGUGAUGCGGAUUUCUUGUCAAAGUAG